CCAUCUCCUCGAGCCAAGGUUUCCAGGCAAACGACUGACAGCUCCGGCCAGAGCGAGAAGCCUCUCGGAGAACUCGGGAGAGGGGAAGCUGCGCAUGUGCGAGGCAGAGCCCGCUCCUUCCCUUCAUGCUGAGGGGUUGACCAAUGGGAUUAGUUGGAGGACCAGAAGGACUCUGGCCCUCCAGCCAAUCAGAGCGCGGGCUUUGUGUGAAUGAAGAUUGAGCUUCACACAGACUAAAACUUCCUCCUGUGUCCAACAUCUGACAGCCUGUGGGAAACUGAUCCCGGGAGUCUCCAGGGUGAGUUUGAGUGAUUCAAGUGGGACGGCAUGUCAGUAAGUCGGCCAGCAGAGAGAUGAUGUUGUGACUGAACAAGAAAAGCUGAUAUUAGAAGAGGAGGAUUUCCAAACAGAAAUCUCAAACCAAACAUCAAGAUCUGACAGACAUUCAGCUCACUGGGACUGGAAUAUCAUUGGGCUUUGAAUUUGGAAGCAGAAAUGUUUGUCUGUUCUGUCUGCUUCAAAAGAUUUUAAACAUCAGUGUGACUGGAAAAGCACCGAGACACACACACACCCGAGCGAGAGUGUUCUAGUGCACUGAGUGUAGAAAGAGCUUUCACCUGUUACACAGCCUGAAAAAACAUCACCCCAUUCACAGUGAGGAAAGACAUUAUCCAUGUUCUGUUUGAGGACAAGGCUUCAACUGAUCAUCGGACCGAGAGAGACACAAGGACACCCGCACCAUGGAGAAACCGUGGAAAUGUGGGGACUGUGGGAAGGGAUUCAAAUCCCCAUCUGAGCUGGAAACUCAUCGACGCAGUCACACCGGGGAGAGGCCAUUCACCUGCUCUGAGUGUGGGAAGGGAUUCACUCAGUUAUCCCACCUGCUGACACACCAGCGAGUUCACACCGGGGAGAGGCCGUUCACCUGCUCUGUGUGUGGGAAUGAAUUCACUCAAUUAUCUAGCCUGCAGUCACACCAACGAAUUCACACUGGGGAGAGACCAUUUACCUGUUCUGAAUGUGGGAAGGGAUUCAGUAAUUCAUCCCGCUUACUGAGACACCGGCGAGUUCACACUGGUGAGAGGCUGUUCACCUGCUUUGUGUGUGGGAAGGGAUUCAUUGAUUCAUCCAACCUGCUGCGACACCAGCGAGUUCACACUGGGGAGAGACCAUUCAUCUGCUUUGAGUGUGGGAAGGCAUUCAGUGAUUCAUCCACCCUGCAGAUACAUCAGCGAGUUCACACUGGGGAGAGGCCGUUCACUUGCUCUGAAUGUGGGAAGGGAUUCAGUAAUUCAUCCGAACUGCAUAAACACCAGCGACUCCACACUGGGGAGAGGCCAUUCACCUGCUCUCAAUGUGGGAAGAGAUUCAGUAAUUCAUCUGACCUGCAGAAACAUCAACGAGUUCACACUGGGGAGAGGCCGUUCACCUGCUCUCAAUGUGGUAAGGGAUUCAGUCAUUCGUCCAACCUGCAGAGACACCAGCGAGUUCACACCAGGGAGAGGCCAUUCACCUGCUCUCAAUGUGGGAAGGGAUUCACUCAGUCAUCCCACCUGCUAAGACACCAGCGAACCCUCACCAUGGAGAAACCUUGGAAAUGUGGGGACUGUGGGAAGGGAUUCAAAUCCCCAUCUGAGCUGGAAGCUCAUCGACGCAGUCACACUGGGGAGAGACCGUUCACAUGUUCUGAAUGUGGGAAGGGAUUCACUCAUUCAUCCAACCUGCGGACACACCAGCGAGUUCAUACUGGGAAGAGGCCAUUCACCUGCUCCGAAUGUGGGAAGAGAUUUAGUAAUUCAUCCCAUCUGCUAACACACCAGCGCGUUCACACAAGGGAGAGGCCAUUCACCUGCUCUCAGUGUGGGAAGGGAUUCAGUGAUUCGUCCAACUUGCGGACACACCAGCGAGUUCACACUGGGGAGAAGCCGUUCAUCUGCUCUGAGUGUGGAAAGGGAUUCACUCAUUUAUCCACCCGGAUGACUCACCAGCGAGUUCACACCAGGGAGAAGCCAUUCAACUGCUCUGAAUGUGGGAAGGGAUUCAGUCAGUUAUCCAAUCUGCGGACACACCAGCGAUUUCACACUGGGUAGAGAGUGUUCACCUGCUCCGUGUGUGAGAAGGGAUUGAGUAAUUUAUCCAACCAGCAGACACACAGCGAGUUGACACUGAGGAGAGACAGUUCAGCUGUUUUCACUGUGCAAGUUUAGAAGGCCUUCCAACCUGUGGGAACACCAAUGAAUUCACGCCAGGGAGAAGCCAUCCACCUGCUCUGAGUGCGGGAGGGAUUCACUCAUUUAUCCAGCCAGCUGAGACACCAGCGAGUUCACAAUGGAGAGAGACCAUUCACCUGCUCCAAGUGUGGAAAGGGAUUCAGUCAGUUAUGCAACCUGCAGAGAUAUCAGCGAGUUCAGAAGUGAUUCCAAGGGUUGGAUUCUGCUGUUAUUGCUGCUGUUAAUCACAUCCAGGACUGAACCAUGUUCAUUCUGACACUUGGUGAAGUGGGAGGGUUGGAGGGUUUCUUUCUGCUGGACUGGCCAGUCUCAUGACUUUGCUCCCAGUGGGCUGAUGCUCUUUGAGCCAGGGAGUGCACAUUCCACUGAAAUGAUCUGCAAAAACUGAUGAAGUUCACUUAUUUUAUCCUGGAUAGUAAAUAGUUGUUUGGUCGUACAGAACUUGA